AUGAAUUCUGUACUUAUAUGUUUCCUUCUAGUAAGCGUAAUCUUUGCAUGUCAGCCCGAUCCAGGAAAUCACGGACCUUUGAGCGAUUGUAAGUUUUGAGAUCACGGCUAAAAUUGGAUUAGAUGAAAUAACUACAAAUCCCAUCUUCGGUUUUAAAUACAGUCCUCCUGUUCAAUGGACUUGGUCUCUCACACCAUUGGAAGGACAAGAACCAAGUGAAGAAGCAGCUCUGACCCUGAUUAGGAAUACUGUCAGAGAAAAGGUAAAGUAAUAGACCUAGCCUAAUGUACUUAGUUUACGGAAGCCGUCAAAAAGGAGACUCUCUUUCCUCCCACUAAUUUAAACAUCACCACCGAUCUUGUUCAUCCCCAGGAGGUGCUGAUUGUAACAGAUCCUGCAGCAGAACUGACGGAUGGACAAGGGCGAGUGCAAUUGGGUGUUGUGGCCACCAUUUGCAAGGGGAAUGAGACCUGUACUGAACAGCCUUUGAUCAUAGAAGACCAUUUGUAUCUAUUCAACGGACCUCUCUUAAAUGGGCGGCAAUGGAGAAAUGUGGCAAAUUAUUUGUGGGCGGACCUCCAGGUUCACAAUGGAGUCCUUUUUAGAGCUCCGAUUACAGUAACCAAGUAA